GCAGCAAGGGUGUGUUCGGAAUGCUCCGGCGCAGAGACGACUGGACAUCGCGCCUCCAGCUGUUCUUCGCCAACAACCACGACCAGGACUUUGAACCCCCUAAAAUCUACACUCCUGUAGCGGCGGAGAAAAGGCAGCCAAUCAGAGUGCUCUCUCUGUUCGAUGGCAUUGCUACAGGUCUGUUGGUGCUGAAGGACCUGGGCAUCCAGGUGGACCGGUACGUAGCGUCCGAGGUGUGUGAAGACUCCAUUACCGUGGGGAUGGUGAGACACGAGGGGCGGAUCAUAUAUGUGGGUGACGUCCGCAACGUCACACACAAACACAUUCAAGAGUGGGGUCCAUUCGAUCUGGUGAUAGGUGGGAGCCCCUGCAAUGAUCUCUCCAUCGUCAACCCAGCCAGGAAAGGACUCUUCGAGGGCACCGGGCGACUGUUUUUCGAGUUUUAUCGCCUGCUGCAUGAGGCUCGUCCUAAAGAAGGAGACGAGCGGCCAUUUUUCUGGCUCUUCGAGAACGUCGUGGCCAUGGGGGUGAGCGACAAGAGAGACAUCUCGCGCUUCCUCGAGUGCAACCCAGUGAUGAUUGACGCCAAGGAGGUAUCCGCUGCCCACCGUGCACGCUACUUCUGGGGCAACCUGCCUGGCAUGAACAGGCCGUUAACCGCCAUGGUGAACGACAAGCUUGACCUGCAGGACUGUCUGGAACACGGACGCACAGCCAAGUUCGAUAAGCUGAGAACCAUCACCACUCGCUCCAACUCCAUCAAGCAGGGCAAAGACCAGCACUUCCCCGUCUUCAUGAAUAACAAGGAGGACAUCCUGUGGUGCACUGAGAUGGAAAGGGUGUUUGGAUUUCCUGUCCACUACACGGACGUGUCCAACAUGAGUCGUCUGGCCAGGCAAAGACUCCUGGGAAGGUCGUGGAGCGUCCCGGUGAUCAGGCACCUGUUCGCGCCGCUGAAGGAAUACUUUGCCUGUUACUAAAACCCCACCCACCAGAGUCACGCCGUGCCAUCCCGCGGCUUGCUCCGCCCCUUCAUUUGCAUAGCUCCACCCUCCUCCUUCAUGCGUAUUUUUUUAGUAGUUGCCUGACCACUUACUGGUGCUAUUCAUCAAGGAAAGAAAAAAAAAAAAACAACCCACGUUUCGUCCGGCGUUCACGUCUCACUUCUACAUGUCGCCUAUUUAUUGAAGACUUCGUCACUUUUUUUGGCCGCUUGUUUCGCGUUUCAACAGACUUCGAAAUCAUUUACAACUUCAGACACAUUUCACAUCUGUGAUCACACGGCUUCUCUGAGGAAAAAGAGACAUGCUUGCAUGAGUGUGUGGAUGGAAGAGGGCAUGUGUUUGUGUGUGUGAAAGAGAAAGAGAGGGAGAGGAUGGUCGUCUCUUUGAGCACAAAGCAGAUUUGAGGGUCACAGCAUCUUCGAAAACUAAACCCAAACACACACACACACACACACACACACACACACACACACACACACACACACACACACACUGUCCUAAGGCCAUUUACAUCUUUUACCCAUAAUCAUGUGGUGCAAACACACACUUACACACACACACCAAACAGCUGAUACACUGUUUACAGUUAUAUCAUGGUACUAUACAACUACACAACUCCUGUACAGCCCAUACGCUGGUACAACUACGGUGCUCUCUCUCUUUCUCUCUCUCUCACUCUCUCCCUCCCUCGAUUAUUUCUUCUCUGCCUUUUUCUCCUUCUCUCUUGCUCGUCUUCCCUCGUUCUGUCGCGUCCCGCUAUCUCCCUUCCUUUUUUCCUUUAAAAAAAAAAAAACAUUUGUCUCUCUCUCUCUCUCUCUCUCUCUCUUUUUUUCUUUCAUUCUCGCGCUUUCUCUUUGUCUCUCCCUCAGCAAUACUGAUGCACAGCCACACUUGAGGCCUUACUGCUGGGGCACACAGUGACUGACACACACACACACACACACACACACACACAGAGGAUCCGAAUUGUCUUGUUGCGUCCAUGUUGGGAGUUUUUCAACGUUAAAGGCUGAUGCAAUACAGUUUAAUCUUCUCACAGUGGUUCGGAAAGAGGAGAGAGGAGAGAAAGCUCUGUAUUUCAACACACACACACACACACACACACACACUCAGAGAGCUGCCGCGCUUCCAGCCCAGGCCUGCAGGGGGCAGCGGCAAAAUACAAACAAAUCGUUCCUUCCACAAAGCACUGUGGUGACGCUAGCGAGCACCAGCGGAACUCAUUUCUACUGUAAAUCACACGUCUGACUCCACCAUUUUUACUGUACUGGUGUCGUGUGUGUGUGUGUGUGUGUGUGUGUGUGUGUGUGUGUGUGUGUGGAGAAAAAGUUUUCCUCAACAUGCUUUGCUUUUUUGUCCGACUGAGGAAAUGAUCACAAAAAUCUCUUCGGGGUCUUGUCUUCUCUCCUCUACUCUUCUCUUCUCUUCCUCCUUUUCCUGGUUCUGGGUUUAGUCUAGCGUUCUGUCUGGCUCUUUCGAUUUCAGCGGGGUGCAAUUCCACCAACCAUUCAAAACCUUUUGAGGAACUAAACGGUUGUAGAACAAAUGAGAACCAGAACUAAGCAGUUCCUGUGCUUAUGGUUUAAAUUGGAACUAAAAUAGAACGUUCCUGCAUUGUUCUUGUGGUGGAAAACACCCAAAUCCUCAGUCCCUGAAAAGGUUCCUGCGACAGAAUCGCAGUUCCCAAGUACAACAAAGGUUCCAAAUGUGGCCGAGGGUUUCUAGAUUGCCGAAAAAGUGUACCUGCAAUGGAAACCGAGUUCCCAAGUACAACAAAGGUUUCAAAUGUGGCGGAAUUUACGAGACUGAAAGGGUUCCUACAAUAGAAAGGCAUCUAAAUUUCCUGAAAGGGUUCUGCAUUUGAAAUGUUUCCAGGUUCUUGAAAAGGUUCCUAUGGUGCCUAAAGUGAGGUUGAUGCCUAAACUAAAAAGGUUCCUAAAGACAUGCCUAGGUUCCUGAAAUGGUUCCUGGGUUGGAAAAUCUUAUAUUCCGGAUCCGUUUUUUUGAUACUUUUCCAUCCUCCCGGGGGGUUCUGGGAUAGUGGCCUCUGCUGUGUGAUGUCGUAAUAUCUGGUCACAUGGUGCUCCCAGAAUUCCUUCGGCUUCAGUGGGCGUGGCCCGUCCCGGUGGGUGUGUAGGUGCUUAACAAAGUGCACACGACUUCCUAGUUACGGAUCGAAAUAAUAUCUGGAUUACUGUAUUCUCUCCACGCUGUAGUCGGAUACAGAUUGACGUCCUGGUGCUUUCAGGAGCGUCCCCCGGGACACUGGGGAGGUCUGGUGGGCGUGGCCUAUUAUGGUGUGUUGGUGCUCAACAGUGUGCGCUCGCCUUCCAGUUAUUAGUGCGGAUAAUCGGACGGGGUUUACUGUAUUUCUUGCCGUGCUGUUGUACACAUCGUUCAGAUCCGAGGUCGACAGGACAUCCUGGUGCUUUCUGGCGCUUUCUCGGGAUUGUUUUUUUUUUUUCUCCCCCGGAUUCCCAGAUUUUCAAGGGUGUCCUUGUGAAAUGAGACACUGAUAUCUCUCUGCUUUAAAAAGGCAGACUGUAAAGACAUUUCUCUGCCACUUUCCAGACUCGGCUUCCUCAUAGUCACUGGAAUGAAAGUCCUUCAGCAGUGCUGGUCCUCGCAAAACCGAACUCCGUCCCCCGUCCUUGCCCCGUACACACCCCCAACACAAAAAUCGUUUUCCCUUAUCGGAGUCUCCUCUGCUGUGGUGCUGUUCGACUGUGAAUGAACCUUUAACCUUCGGUAGCUAAUUUUGGAACCACUACUGACCCAUCACGAUGAUAGUAAAAGAUAUUUGUAGGUCCUCUAUCUGGCUACCAUAUCGCUGUAAUAAUACCGUGGAGCUUCAAGGGUUCUUUUGAAACGGGUGGCAGGCUCACCAACCAGAACUCCAGGUGCUGCUGGAGUCGGGCAAAUUCCAUCGCAACCAAAAAAAAAAGGGCUUGGACCUACUUCUUUUACCUAUUUGAAUGACUUCUUUCUUCUAGCAUACUCACUAAUAACAAGAUGCUGUGAACUGGGACGUGUGUAAAUUUCACAGCGCAAAGAAACAACGGACGCUGCGACUUCUAUAGCGUGCUGCAUAAAACUCGUUUAACAAAUAAGCUAACGUUAGCUUCCCAGUGGUAGCUAGCAAACAAAACCGAGGGCUUUUUUUUUUUUUUGACUCAGCACAAUUUCUUUGGACGCCAAAGAAAAGCUCUCACACAAGUGACUUUUUUGUUUCUGUCUUUCUUUCUUUUGAACUUGCCGCAUCGGUUAAUUACUCCACUUUAUACUUUCGAGGACCAGCACUGAUCAUAACGAGCGUCAAGAAAAGUGGCCCUCAUUUGCAAACUAACAUCCAGACAGCUAAAAUCCAGACGCUAAGCCUGGCUUUUGGCAUAAAAAAAAAAAGAUGCGUCGAAACGCAUCCGAGUAUAACUCAGGCCCACACGCCAUCCUUUUCCAGACUCACUUCCUGUGUGGCCGAGACGGGACUCCAUUCAGCCGAGUUUCAGCAGCAAACCAACUGUACAUAGCUCUGUUUGCCUUUCGUUAGCAUUCGAUCAUGUUUUGUGCUCUGGGUGUGUUUUCUCAAUCCUUGUAGGCUAAUUUCGGUGUGAUCCUAGGCUGUGUUAGCGUAGCUGUUGUGAUUAGGAGACUGGCCAAAGGCGGAGCGCAAUUCUAAUAAGCUGAGACGGUGGUGGUGGUGAUGACGAUUGACGAUAAUAAUGGAGGUGGUGGUGU